AUGGAGACACAGACACUGUCAAAUGUAGCUCCCACUGCCCAGGAGUCGCCGUCCUCUAACCUGCGGCUGUUUCAAGGGUCUUCGCACCCUGUUGCGCUGUUUUUCUUCCUUUUUUUCCGUGGUCUGGCUCUGGCUAUGUACUUUCUCGGAUACCUUGUUCUCUCUAACUUUAUGCUUGUUUUCGUCAUUACUGUUGUUUUGCUCUCAAUGGACUUGUGGACCGUGAAAAACGUGUCGGGACGGCUGUUAGUGGGUUUGCGCUGGCACAAUGAAGUCGGUCCCAACGGUGAAAGCAUCUGGGUGUUCGAGUCUGCGGAUCCUAGUCGUCCGAAAAACGCAAUGGAUCAUCGCAUGUUCUGGCUGGUCUUGUACUCUACCCCUGUCGUGUGGUUCAUCCUGGCCGUUGUUGCGCUCGCUCGUUUCGAGUUCCUGUGGUUCUGUCUCGUGUGCAUCGCCUUUGUCCUGAGCUCCAUCAACACGGUUGCUUACACGCGCUGCGACAAGGACGCCAGACGUAAGUGGGCCACAGACCUUGCUACUUCUGCAGCUACUUCUAGCCUCGUUUCACGCUUUCUCCCGCGCGCCUUCCUCGGCCGCUUUUUCGGGUAG